UCGAGAUAAUGAUCAACGACACUCUCACGUUUGGAGAACUGGACACGAAUGUAUCUGAGCAGCUGACUCCACUCUCUCUCAACCGCAACCACAGCGCGCUCCGGCUCGAGUCCAAGUCUCUGGUCACUUCAGCCACGAUGUUCGCCGUCGGAGUGUUGGGGAACCUCAUCGCCAUAGCUGUGCUGUGCAUCUCCAAAAAGGAACAAAAGGAAACAACCUUCUACACGUUGGUGUGUGGGAUGGCCCUCACAGACCUGUUGGGCACAUGCUUCACCAGCCCGGUGGUGAUCGCCACCUACGUAGCCAACCGUUGGCCAGGAGGAGCGCUGCUGUGCCACUUCUUCUCCUUCUCCAUGCUUUUCUUCGGGUCAGCUGGCAUGUCAAUCCUGUGCGCCAUGGCUGUGGAGCGAUAUCUGGCCAUAAACCAUGCGUAUUUCUACUCCCAGCACAUAGACCGGACGAUGGCGCGCUUUGCGCUCCUGAUCACUUACCUCGCCAACAUUGUACUUUGCAUUAUGCCCAGUUUUGGCUUCGGGCAGCACGUCAGACACUUUCCCGGAACUUGGUGCUUUCUCGACUGGAGGGCGAUGGAUCCACUCGGAGCCUGCUACUCCUUCCUGUACGGCGGCGUGAUGCUCGUGCUAAUCGCAGUGACCGUUUUUUGUAACCUGGCCGUGUGCAGGUCACUGGUGGGGAUGAACCAGAGGACAGGGAUCGUGAGGGCGGAGAUGUGUGAAAGUGGAGGUUCAAGGCGCCUCUUCCCGCGGCUGCCGUCGGUCACAUCGGCGGCGGAGAUCCAGAUGUUCUGGCUUCUGAUCUUCAUGACCAUCGUUUUCCUGGUUUGCUCCAUUCCUUUAGUGGUGCGAAUCUUCGUCAACCAGCUCUAUGACCCUGCUUAUAUCUCUGCGGGGGGGAAGCCCGAUUACCGGAGCGACUUGUUGGCGAUCCGCUUCGCUUCGUUCAACCCCAUUUUAGACCCUUGGGUUUACAUUCUGUGUCGGAAGAACCUGCUGCUGAAAGGUUGUGAGAGGCUGAAAAGGACAGUGGUGCGCGUGAGGGACGGUGAGAGGGACAACACCGGCUGGGUGGGAGGUCAACACUCCCCUCCGUCUCUAAACAGCAACGACACCAGUUACGCGUCAUUACGCACGGCCAGCUACAGGAACGACGUGGAGCACCAGGUGCAGCUCAAACACCAGUCGUUUACAGACUUCACAAUGAGACAGGCGUGGGAGUACGACACCGCCCGCGUCAACUUCCACCCGUUCAGCGUCGAGUCGACCGCCAUCCUCGGCUGUGAUGAAGAAGUAGCAGCUGAAACCAAAGACCCGCUGGCGGUCAGGUCUUCUCCAGACCGCAGUCCAACACAAACGCGCCCCGCGCGCGUUAGGAGAGUGGACAUUGUCACCUGCACCAUCAGCACGUCGAGCUCCUGUCAGUCAAUGAAAUACCUUUGAUGGACAUUUGUUCAGUUUAGAAAUAAGUCUGGACGAUGAACUGCUGUGAGUGAUGCCUUCUCUGUAGAGACAAAUACAAAUAUAACAUAUAAAUAUCAGAGAGACAGUGAGGUAUAAGCUGUGUUAAAACUUAAAAUGUGGUGACAGUUGUAUUGCUUCUAUUUUCUGCCUGGUUUGCUCACUUUCUUCAUAUUUACCUUAUCUCCCCAUGAUUUCAUCUGAUGUGAUUUGAUUUCUUAUUUCGGAUAACAAGAUGUAGACGUAUCUUUACAGUUUAGGUUACAUUUAGCAUAUUUAUCAUUUAGAUUUAACUUUCAAAACAUUUAAAUUUAGAUGUGUCACACAGUAUUUAAGUUUACAUACGUAUGAUUUCAGAAUUACAGGAUGUGAAGAAAGUGAGCUACAGUAAAAAGUACGAGCAAUAAAACGGUAUGUGUUUUACAUUCAGCACCCAACAGUGAAGAAAGUCUCCACUGUCUUUCUGAUUUCUUAACACAAAUGCAACGAUGGAUCGUGCAGUAUGACACAUCUAGUUUAACCUCUCCGAAAUCCUUUCCAUAUCAACAAGAAAUUCAAUUCCCCAUGUAUGACUCAACUUAUAUGUUUAUGUUUGCUAUAAACACCAGAAGUUGUACAAUAUCACUGCAAAUGUCACCUGUCACUUUCCUUGAUGGAUAUUUUGUGUCCCAUCUGCAGAGAGCAACACUGUUGUCAACACUGACAUCGGAUGCCUUUUUCCAAAAAUGGAAAUGUAUGUUAAAACCCUAUGGGUACAAAAUAUGUGACACAUAAAAGACUAUAUUAAGAAUCCACAUGUCAUUUAGAAAACAUAUUUAUCCAAUUGUCUAUGUGUUGUUAGACAGUUUUAUUUCACAUGCUGCUAUUUUUACUCGGUGCCAUUUCAUGAUGCAAGGGAAACUGAAUGUACCUUUUGAACCGGGUUAGAUCUUGUUUUAUAAGUGGACGUAUCAUUUUUUUUAGAAAAUAAAAAAAUACAUUGUACAUGUUUUUUGCUGUAUGACCUGGUCUCUGUACAGAAAUAAAGUGACAGUGAGUCAGGGCA